AUGGCAUCUACUCCCUCGGCUUCCUCUUUUUCUCUGCCUCUUCCCCUUUGGAACCAACCGCUCGGUCCUCGCCUGACUCAACUUGAGCGCCGGAAGCGCAAGAAGCACAGUGAUGCAUGGACCGACGACGAUGAAGAUGCCGGCGAAACCACCGAUGCUACAGAUGCUGGGCAUUCGUUAGUCUUGACGCCAAACGAGGCGCAUCAAUAUCGAAUAGCAGGCCUUUCCUUCAAUCAGGAGUUGCCCGGCGGCCAUUUCCCUCAUGGACCGCCCAAGGAAAAGCGUUCGAGCAAGGAAGCUCAGGCUAUCCGUCUUGUCAAGGCAUUGUCCACCCUGUCACCUCCCAUCUAUCCACCUCAGUCCUCGGCGCAGCAAGGGAACAUCCGGUACCAGCAUCUGUCAGCUAUGACCGCCAUCCUCCACCGUUGUCUACUCCAAGGGGAUUACAUCCGCGCUGGGAGAGCAUGGGGUUUGAUCUUGCGCGAGUCCUUCAAAGGCCUUCCGAUGGAUGUGCGUACUGAUGACAGAUGGGGCAUCGGUGCUGAAAUCCUCCUGCGUCAAGGUCAGCAGGAAGCAGUGGGUGUUGCAGAUCAAGGUGGAUCUCCAGAAACUCCCAAUACCACAGAAAGCCCGACACUCCCCUUCACGGAAAAGGGGUUUGCAGACGCCAAGGAGUAUUAUGAGAGACUAAUUCUCCAUCACCCAUAUACCAAAUCCGCCCCGAAUGCCAUUUCUUCACUGCACUUUUACCCCGCCAUGUUCGGACUGUGGAUUUAUGUCGUCCAAGAAGAGGGCAAUGCCGCGAGGCAAAAGAUUGAUAUUCGCCGCGAUGAUUCAUCUGAUGAACUCUCCCCAGAAGACGAUUCCUCACCGGACCGCGAGCAUAACGAAGGGUCGAAGGACAAGAAGCAUUUUCUCAUUGCGGCAACUAGAGCACGCGAAUUAGACAACGCACAGCAAAUUGCAGCACGUAUGGACGAACUUCUUGUGUCACCUCCGUAUAUGGACUCUCCGGGACUGUUGGAACUCAGAGGCAUGGUGUCGCUUUGGAUUGGUGAUUUGUUUGUUUCAUCCUUGCAGACACGACCGGAGAAUGCAGAUGGAUCCGAUCCCGAUGAGAUGGCCAUGGAUGACCUGCCGAGCACUAUUCAUGCCAGACGCGAGCAAAGGCUUGCCAACGAGAAGCGCCAGACGGAGGUGCAGAAGUCCCUUGAGUUCUUCGAGAAGGCCAAGAAGCGUGGAAGGAGCGUCGCAUACAACCUUGAGCACUUCCAUAUUGAUGACGGCUCGCCCUUUGACUGA